AUGAGCAAAGACUCGUCAUCAACAUACCUACACAUGCACCACCCCCGCCUAGCAGACUUCUUUGAAGAAUUCACCCGCCCCCACACCUCAACAGCCGCAUCUACAAACCAACAAUUCAGCCCAACCGCUCAAUCCAACGGCGCAACAACCUACGGCGCCUCAUCCCCUUCCACAAUCCCCUCAUUCCUCCCCAUUGAAGACAUCUACGUCCAACCACAGUACCAGCCCCCGAAUCCCGAAGACGAGGAUGAUGUCGUACCGGACCAGCAUGCUGCUUUUGGGAUUACGCGGGCAAUGGACCGGAGGCGGGAACCUGUUUGGCGGGAUCUGGGGCUUGAAGCGUUAGUUAAUGGGCAGGGGCAUGGGGGCAUGGCUGUUGGUGGGAAUGUUGGUGGUGCGGGAGGUUCUGGUGCGGCGGGGGGUUCUGGACCCGGGGCUACGUUGAGGGGGACUGGUGGAGGUGCGGCAUCGGCGAUGUCGGCUGUCGUUAGGGUUAGUAAUUCUGGACGGAGGAUGGGGGGAAGGAGGGUUGUAUGUUUGAGAUGA